AUGUCUUCGUUUCUGAACUUCUACGCUGCUUCGCUUAAGAAAAACCCUAAGACCACCAAUGCUAUCAUGACGGGGUCUCUGUUUGGUGUGGGUGACGCUAUCGCACAAAUAUGUUUCCCCAGUCCUACAGCGAAGUCCACCACGAAAAACGGGAAAACGGUGUCCGGAGGUUACGACAUCGCGAGAACGGUGCGUGCAGUGACCUAUGGGUCUCUCAUAUUCUCCUUCAUUGGCGAUAAGUGGUUCAAAACCCUGAACGGUAAGGUCAAAUUCGCUAGCAAACCGGCAAACCAUUGGUCGAACCUCGCGCUGCGUGUGGGAGUUGACCAGCUCCUGUUUGCCCCAACCUGUAUUCCGUUCUACUUCGGUGUUCUGACGCUCAUGGAGGGCAAGUCACUGCAACACGCAGACCAAAAGAUACGUGCAGUGUGGUGGGAUAUUCUGAAGACCAACUGGAUGGUGUGGCCCGCGUUCCAGCUUGUCAAUUUCUCACUAGUUCCAGUGCAGCACCGGCUGCUGGCAGUAAACGUGCUGGCAAUUUUCUGGAACACAUUCCUGUCUUUUAGAAACUCCGAAGCGAGCAACAAAGACCAUCUGUUGCCCGUUGAGUACCCGCCUGUUCCUGAGUAA